AAAAGAGAUAAGAGAGCAAAGGUAUCCACACAACUCAAAAGGGAAGGAAGAAGGAGAGCAGUCCGCAGGUUCUUUCUUUAGUGCGAAGCUCAUACUGUUCGAGCCAUAACUUGAGAUUUACUCGUCCAAUUAAGGCGUAUAAGGUACCAAAAGAAAGCUCUCAAGACGAGGAAUCCGUGGAGGUCUGGUUUGCAUCAAUCGGAGUGGUGGAAGGCUUCCAGAUUGUCCGAACAAAACGCAACCUCGCAGAACACAGUUUUGUAUUCAAAGAAACGAGUUAACCGGAAAACACCCGUUCUAGGGACUGUUUUCGUGUCAUUCGGUUAGGAGUGGAGCUGGCAGCUGGAGGAGGCUGUUUAACACUCAUUUCUAAGCAAGGAAUCAGUUCUAAAUCAACCUUGACCAAAGCCUUGACCAUUGAAUCAAGAAGGAAAAGUUUAAAGCUCAAUUAAGGUUGAGGCUAGAGCUUGCAUCCUGUGCUCGUUGAUCGAGUGAUUCCUCGGAGAGAAGACUUGAAAUGGACCGUGGUGGCAGGAUUACUAGGAGAAACCCGACCGGCCAUGUACCAGUGGAGACUGGACAGGGCAGUCGAAGGACCUCUAGGGCAUCUAGAGGAGCUGGCCGUGGAGGCCGAUCACAGACCGUGAGUGACGGUCAUGUCGACACGGAAAGUGAAACCUACUGGUCCUAUGAGGACUCGACCUAUCGACCAGAAACUGAACCGGUUGAGACCCCUUAUGAAGGGGAUGAUGAUGAUGUAAGUGAUGAGGAGGAAAAUGGCUCCUUAGCACGGAUUGAAGCACUACUUCAACAGUACCACCGUGAGCGUGAGGAGAGGAGGGAACGCCGAAGGCGCCGGGCUGGGCAGCCUUCGGGCGGGGCUUCAAGAGGGAGAAGCCAUGGCGACUCUAGGGCCCACAUUGAACCACAUGGGGGUCGGGGUGAUGGGGGUCCAAUCAUAAGGAUCUCCAAAUACAUCAAAGAGGCACGAGACUUGGGGUGCAAACCGUUCGAUGGGACGGGUGACAUCUCCGUUUCGGCACAAUGGAUUAAACGGCUGAAUGAGGCAGCCCUGGACAUGCAACUCACCCCCGAAUAUAAACUAAGGGUUGCGGUGAGAUUGCUUGAAGGUAUGGCAUCCAAGUGGUGGGAUGGGACCAAAGGCAAAUAUGGCGAGACCGUCACUUGGGAGAAUUUCCGACAGGAAUUCUUUGCCCAAUAUUACUCGGAUUUUGAGGUGAACAAGAAAGUGAGGGAAUACACCCUUCUAACCCAAGGGGGUAACAUGACGGUGAGGGAACUUGAGUACAAGUUCAGGGAUCUUGCCGAUUACAUACCUGAGUAUGCUUGUGACGAGAACCGGAUGGUGAACCACUUCUGGGAUGCUCUAGACUUGGAGAUACGUGACAGGGCAACACAAUUGCCUAACAUGACGUUUGCCCAAGUGGUUGACCAAGGGUUGAAAGGAGAGAAGCAAUGGGAAGAAAGGAAGAAGAGAGACGCUGAGGAGGCGAAAAAGAGAAAGUGGGAGAGUCAUGGCUCCCAAGGUUCCAACAAAAAGUGGAACCACGGAGGAGGAUCUUUCCGGGCACCACCGCCACCAUAUAGGGGGAACCAAGGCCCGAGUGGGCAAGGCGCGAGGUCACAAACCUCAGUGGUAGCUCGUUGCAACAAUUGCAAGAAGAACCACUCCGGUAAAUGUCGCGACCCCCCUAGAUGUUUUCAAUGCGGGGAUGCCGGGCAUUUGAAGGCACAUUGUCCACAAUUGAGUGGGGCAAGGACAUCGGGACCGAGUAGCGGUCCGACGGGUACACGGAAUCAAACCGGGGCUUCUCAAGCAAGCCGGGGACACGGGGGGGCAAGUACAAGCAACGCGCCAUCCGUGAACCAAGGGAGGACCCAGGCUAGGGUCUAUGCGAUGACGGAGGCGGAUGCUCAAGCUAACCCGGACUCCGUCGCAGGUAUUGCCUCUCAUAUACUAGUGUUUUAUCCUUAAUUAGUCCAUAAAUUGAGGAUACUAAUCGCUAGGAUCAUUGCACGAGGUUUUGGGGUCGAACCGGGGGAUUUCGGGCAACUUCAGGCGGCUGGGACCCAGGCACGAUCGUGCCUAAGGCAGACACGAUCGUGCCUCCAAGUCAGUAGCUGCCCAGGAAAAUUCCCAACCCAGGCACGAUCGUGCCUAAGGCAGACACGAUCGUGCCUACAAGGCAGUAGCUGCCCAGGUGUUUCUUCAAACCAGGCACGAUCGUGCCUAAUCCAGACACGAUCGUGCCUCCAAAUCAGUGGCUCCCCAGGAUUUCCCAACCCAGGCACGAUCGUGCCUAAGGCAGACACGAUCGUGCCUCCAAGGCAGUGGCACCCUGGGCGUUUCCCCAAGCCAGGCACGAUCGUGCCUACCCCAGGCACGCCGUGCCUGGCACCCAGAUUGCCGAAACCCGAUUUUUUCGCAUCGUUUUGCGACGUUAAGGCCUCUUCUUGAUCCCUAACGUGCGUGUGAACAUUGCAACCUUCUAUAAAUGAGUAGGGAGGGUAGGAAAGAUGUCUUACAUGGUUCAUGAAUGUAGGGACACUAAAGAUUAACGGGAAGGAUGCACGAAUCCUUAUCGAUACCGGAGCGCAACGUUCAUUCGUGAGUGAGGCGUUUGCCGAGAGCUUAGAGAUGCAAUCAAUACCAAUGACACAAACCUUAAUGGUAUCAACCCCACUAGGGGAAGACGUUGAAAGAAACAAUUACUAUCCAUCUUGUAUGGUGGAAAUCGGUGGCCAAACCUUGACGUGUGAUUUCGUACCGCUGAGUAUGAUGGAGUUCGAUGCAAUCCUAGGGAUGGAUUGGCUAGAAAAGCAUCAUGCUAGGGUAGAUUGCUACACAAAGGUGUUGGAACUCGAAGGCACACAGGGGGACACCCUACGCUUCGAGGGGGACCGCGGCAAAUCAAAUAGUUGUAUCAUAUCCGCCGUGAGAGCGAGAAAUAUGAUGAGGAAGGGAUGCCACGCAUAUCUAGCAUACGUG